GGGGUUUGAAUUUGAAUGUGAAUCCGUCGUUACCGAGCAUUUCGCUACAGUAUGUGUUACGUUUCCGUUCGACUGAAAUUUUGUGCUCGUGGCUCUCAUUCUCGCGUUCCAUUUGCGGGGAUAAGGAUGUCGGAGUGUUAACGUGAGGAGAGGAUAUUGUGGGGUUGCUCGGUUUAGUGGAGUUCGAGUGUAGCGUGUGGUAUUGUCUCGUUGAAAUUGGAGUGGAGGAGGAGUAAGUGAAGUAAUUUUUUUUCCAGCGGAUGAAGAUAAUGUUUUUAAAUUUUUUUUUUUUUCAGUGAAAGAUUGCGUAGUUGGCUUUUGGUUAGAUUUGAGAAGAUACAAAACUGUUAGGAAUCGAUGCGUCUGCUUGAUGACUGUAAAAUGUGUAUCCUAUCAAUGCAUUUUUCUUUAGAUUGCUCUACUUUGCUCGAGAUUGGUACCUCCAUGUGCGUCUUUUUGUCUGCGCUGAUGCAAAAUUUCCCCGUAGUUGUGGAUAUACAUUUUAUGAGUGCAGCUCUCUAUGUUCACCCUGGAAAAGGGCCCCUAGUCAUUCUUUUCAGAAUCCGAAGUCAAAUCUUUAUGGGUUCGAUCUAGUUUCGACGAGUGAAGUCAAGGCUCUACAAGACCCUGGUGCUGCCAGGCUCUCAUAGUUCCUUUUCUUUUAUAUUUAUUGUCAGCGAUAAUCGUUUUCGACUUAGAGUUGAAGAUGCCAGAGAUCCAAUUGGGUUGUCACACAGUCAGGUCCCAUGGAAUCAAAGUGGCAAGAAUACACAUGCAUGACUGGUUGAUCCUCUUUCUCCUCGUGGUAAUAGAGAUUAUAUUGAACGUCAUAGGACCAUUUCAUCGUUUUGUCGGGGAGGAGAUGAUGACAGACCUGAAGUACCCUCUGCAGGAUAACACUGUUCCCUUCUGGGCUGUUCCGAUUAUCGCGAUAUUGCUUCCGUUUGCUGUAAUUCUCAUCUACUAUUUCAUCAGAAGGGAUGUUUAUGACCUGCACCAUGCCUUAUUGGGUCUUCUAUAUUCUGUGCUAAUAACUGGAGUUAUAACUGAUGCAAUCAAAGAUGCUGUUGGCCGACCUCGACCAGAUUUUUUCUGGCGUUGUUUUCCUGAUGGUAAAGGGGUGUUUGAUACUGUCACGCGGGAUGUAAUUUGUACUGGAGACAAGGCUGUCAUCAAAGAAGGAUACAAAAGUUUUCCAAGUGGGCAUACCUCAUGGUGCUUUGCUGGACUGGGUUUUCUUGCGUGGUAUUUGUCAGGGAAAGUCAGGGCGUUUGAUCGUAGAGGCCAUGUUGCAAAGCUUUGUAUUGUUUUCCUCCCGUUGCUUUCGGCAGCUCUUGUAGGAGUUUCUCGAGUUGACGACUAUUGGCAUCAUUGGCAAGAUGUAUUUGCUGGGGCUCUCCUAGGGACAAUCCUUGCUUCAUUUUGUUACUUGCAGUUCUUUCCUCCGCCGUAUGAUGUAGAUGGUUGGGGGCCUCAUGCUUACUUCGAGAUGUUGGCAGAAUCUCGGAAUGGCCUUCCGUCGUCGACAAGCACUAACCAUCUCAGAGUACAGCACUCAGAGCUCGAGAGCGUGUACAUCGAUUCUCAUCGUGGAAUGGAAACGUCAAGUGGCAACGUCAGGGAUCCAAGGCCCAUACUAGACGGGGUGGAGGGCAAUUGGAGACACUGACUUUGGGCUUUGACUUCGAGUAUGGCGCAGAAUCUUCAGUUUUUUUCAUCAGAUACACAUGAAAAAGUACAAAACAGAAAGGAAAUGGGGGUUCCUCUUAUGCCUUUUGGAUGUUUGGUUCAUAGUGCAAUUUUCAGCUGCUAGGUUCCGUUUGUCUUCUAAUCUGGUAUCUUCUGGAUCAAUUGUUUUUUGUACAUAGGGCAUCAUCUUGGGGUCAACGUGUGUUGCCCAGUUGUGGGAACGCAAAUGAGGGAGGCGAAUGCCAAAACUUGGCAGUAGUAUAAA